CUCCCAGAAUUCCAGUCGUGCAACAUGGCUGCCCCCUGAAGAGAAGAAUGUCCUGUGAUGGUCGCACGGGUUCUUUGCUUCUGUCCUGUUUACGUUUAAGUUUCGUGUAUUAAAUGUAUUUUUUCGCCUGGUAAUAAAAUAUAUAAGCGAAAAUGUCAAAAGGAAUAACGCACAGGUUUAAAGCCACGCAGCUUGCAUGUAUGCUUAAUAGUUUCACAGAGCAAAGCAGGAUAAACUCGCGGCUGAUCGGACAAAAUGCUGUUGGGCAUCGGUUCUUCUCCAUUAGCGCUUGCUUGUGUUCGAAGGGUCCUCCGCAACGAAAAUCAACACCCGAUGUUCACAUUCCCGGACUGGAGCCAAUUACCUAUGCCGACAGAAUGCACUAUGUUCCUGGUUUGGCAAAGCCAGUGUUUCCACCCUGGGAGCGUGGUUGGCACGACCCCUAUCAUUACACCGGGCCCAAAAAUCAGGAGAUGCCAUUGUACAAAGAAAAACCUUGUUACGUAUUUCACCGGAGAACAAGUGUGCUAGAAGGAGUAAGACAAGCAUUGUGGCUAACCAAAUCCAAGCGGAUAAACGGGCUCCCCUCUCAGAUUGUGUCCUUGGCUGAGGACCCGGCUAAUCAGGUUGACAAUCAGGAUGAAAGAGUCGAGCAAGCUAUAAAGCAUGCACGAUUUUGGGACACCACAGAAGAUCGGCCUUCCAAAGAGACGUUCUGCCCAGUUCUGCUCAACGACCUGCUUCACCUCUGCAGGACUGUACAGGUGAAACACCCAGCAUUGGGCAAGAGGAUGCUAGCUGAGGACUACACCCUGGCAGCCUACUGGAACAGAGGGGAGGACCUGUUCCAGGUGAGAGGGAAGAACGGGACCCUGAUGAGCAGCGCGUCUCCCCUCCCCGCCAUCGCCGGGAAGGAGGAGGUCGCGAGCACGGCCGACUACGUCCUGGAGACCUUCUACCCCAUCGCCCCCACCAUCGACCUGCAGCUCACCCACGUGUACCAGGAGAAGACCCACACUGGUUUUAAGGAGGGCUACCCGUACCCCCACGCUCACACCGUCUUUCAUCUGGAGGCGAAACGCCCCUUCAGGCUAUUUCCCGAGCAGCUGCGAGCCAAGAUGAUCAUGUUCGCCUUCGCGAACGCGUUGGCCAGGGCCCAGGCCUGCUACGGGACACAACCCCAAGUCUUGGAGCAGCCGGUGGUGGUGCAAAGUGUGGCCACAAACGGCCGGGUCUUCCAAUUUAUCGUGCUCCAGCUCAACACCACAGAGCUGGAGACGGACACAGGCGUGAAGAACAUGGUCUGGCUGGAGCAGGACCUUCCUCUGUACGACUACGCCAAGGUCCGCCCACUUAUCAAGAAGAAGGUGGUUGAGGUUCCUGCUGGCUUGGCCGGAUACCAGCCCGACACCUUCAAGAAGUUCUUGGCUCUCUAUUUACAUGGCGCCGUGUAAGCCUCGGGAACAACAACUUCCUGCCUGUGGACCCUUCGACCUGGAAUCAGACAUCCUACGGUGACAACCGACCUCACCCCCAUCUGUUCCCUUUAGUGAAUCUCCCAACAACUAAAGCGAGAGGUUAAGGCUGGAUGUGCCCUCCAUCUCUUGUACGCCGUGUCCCCUGAGACUUCUCUCUAAACGACCAAUCAAAGCGAUCACUUCAGACGGCCCGUGUUUGAGUGUAGCUGCCAAUUAAAAAAUAAGAAGGAAGCCGUUACAGAACCCCUGCAGUAGACAAAGAGCGGUGAGCCUUCUGAGUCCGGCGUGUUUCACAGCGCAGCAGAUCGCCGUCGUCAAUAAAGGUGCUUCUGUGCAUUCAUUGACCUGGAAGUAAUAAAGCAUGACCUUUGGAAUCCAUAA